CAAUAUCUGUCUACAUCGUGGUGCGCCUUGAAACUUCAGCUUUCUGAAAUGGCAAUUCUGCGGGUAAGUGUUUCCUGAACGUACCCUAUAUUUCCUCCCAAACAAGGGCCCAUGUGUGAAGAUCAUUUGGCCCUGGUUUGUUUGCCAUGAAACGAUUUUCUAGAACCAACAAGAACAGACUAAAUUUAGGUGUUCGGAGUUAGACGGCUGGCUGGCUUGCUUAUCGGGUGUAAGCCGGCCUCACACGCCGUAACCCAGUUCAGUUUGUUCUUCAUGUGUUGAAUAGCUGUUUGGCUGGUUAUUUGGUCGCAAUGGUCAGCUUUUGAAAUAAGCAAAAGCUUAUUGAUAUCGCGAUCAAUUUGAAUAAAGUAGGAUGAAUUUCCUGAGCAAUUCAUAUCAAGUGAUCUGUUCAAGGUCUGACGAUUUGACUGAGUGGCCAGUGACGUUAGUGCUGUAUGAAGAGAAAUCCUCUUUAGGACCAAAGGACAGAUAUUAAACUUGUUGUGAAUUCCUAAGAGCGAGCUGUGAUCAACUGAUGUAACUUAUUGAAGGCGGGCCCACUCGAUUCGGAUUCGUGUUACAAUUGUAACAUAAAUCACACGAAAGGAAAAGCCUAUUAAGAAUAGUAAUUAUCCAUUUGUCAAAGACCAGCUCGGUUGUUGACACAAUUUCAAAUGAAAUUACGGGCGCGAGGUUUUUAUUUGGCCCACGGACUAUCUACGCUCAAGAUUCGCUGGUGCUUGUAAGAAAAGGCUUUAGCACUUUCUUUUCAGUAAGUGUGGGCGGUAAUGAUAGUCUCUCAGUGAAAGAGAAACCGAGAGAAAAUAGACAAACCAGGACCACUUUCAAUAUCUGCUAAAUCAGCCUCUGUCUUUUAUAGUCAAACAAGGAACAGAAAAUCAAACUGGAGGAGUUGAAUCCGCUUAUAACGUGUGAGCUGUGCAAGGGAUAUUUGAUCAAGCCAACUACCAUUGCCGAGUGUUUACACACAUGUAGGUAGAAACAGUAGCGGGAAGAAUGAUUGACCGGUCAAUAAUCCAAACAUGUCGACACCUUGUUUCACUGCACAGUUCCCGGCAUUGAAGGAUUGUGGAAUUAGUGCAGUAGAAACGGGUCGAAUAUUUCUCUUUCCUUACGCACUGUUAUGCCCCAAGGCCGUCGGGCCAGAUGUUCAUUUAUUAUGCACGGUCGUCAAAGGCUAUUUAUUUUGUUAUUAGUUUAACUUAUCAGUGACGCCAAGCGUUCAGACUCUCAUAAAUAACACGCUCAAAGCAUGUCAUUUUGUAUGGCACGCGCGCAGUCAAUUUGAAGAGGCUUUUGUAUUCCUUUAUCCUCGUUAUUGUCAUUAUAACGAAGUUCGUGAGCCAACUGAGUUGAAGAAACUGUCCCUUUACAGUAGUCAAUUAUCGGGCGGCUAGGUUUGUCCAAGAUCUAGCCUGCUUUUGACGGGUCUAAGUGAGAUCUUUCCCACUUCAGAAGAUUGUGAUUAAAUUUAAUUACUUUCAUCCAUUAAGACUUGCUUUGGCUUCGUUUUGCAUACUAAGUAAGCCAACGAUGUUUCGGCAAAAUUCCCCGUAAAAUGCUCUUGUCUUCACUUGUAGUUUCAUCAGCUCGCCCCUGCGGUUUUUGAGGUUUAUUUGCGGCAAACACAGUUGAUAUCGUGGCGAGGAUUAAUUUUCAUCGCUAUUUGAAACGGGAAGCAACCCCGCUGAGAUGAAAUUGUACAAUAUUAAUGGACCCCUGAGUUUUUUAUUUGUUUGUGGAAAUAAGCUGGGAUUUCGAUGUCAUGAAAGCCAAGGUUUCACGCAAAGUGAUUUAAAUUAUAAACUACGUCCUCAAACAUUUUAUCUGAAUUUGAAGAAAUUCUGGGUUAAAUUUACUCGCAACAAAAUCGCAAAGCGGUGUGGGAACUCCCGAGACUGGGCUUCGGAGUGUUGUCUUGUACAAGUCAAAACAGGAAAGCCUAACGUCAUCUUUCGUAGCUGAACAAUGCGAUAACAAAGUGUGAUAACUUUAUCAUUAAAGUAAACAUCAUGUAUUCACUAGAUUAGUUCAGUGGCCGAUGAACGAAUGAAUUCAAAUUGGACAACCUGCCAAUUUUGAUUCAUGGCCAAUUCUUUAAAAAUGAACUUUUUCAUCUUAUGAACGACGACGGAGGCAAGAGUGUCUUCAAGGAGAAUUAUCGAAAAACGUUCAAAUCCUUCAGCGUUUAAGUGGUAUUAAUCUGCAGGUCUUAAAUUCCAAGUUGUUAAUCUCAAUCGAAAUGUCAAAAAUUCAACCAACGAAAGGUUGAUCUCUCACGGAGUGAAAUUUAUUUCGGAGAAUCAACUAUCCCAUGAAAAGUUUCAAUUGGAGGUAAUCUAUCAAUCCUGACGCAACAAAUGUCUUUCACUUUUUAUUUCCCGCGUCAUGUGGAGAGCGUAACUUGAAAAUUAUCUCGUUUUAGUAAUCUUUUCAAAGCACCAAGAACCAAAUGUCACUCGUUAUCAGAUUAUAAGUGGGGUGUUAACCCGCUGAUAAUGGUAGUCUCGUCUCUGCGAAAUCCUAUGACUUUCGGUUUGUAGGAUGAUAUUCACUUUCCUGCCGGUUACGAGCGGUUAUUAGCUGAGAAAGAUGUAUCAUGAUUAAAUAAACAAUACUCGGGUUUUCAGAUCCGCAUCAUUAACUCAUCAUUUCAAAAGGAUGAAUAGUAUUUUAAUUGCCGUUUUCUGUAUUUGACAAGUUGAUUGUGAAGAUAAAUGUGGCUUUUGUUUUAAACCGCUUUCAUAAUAGUUUAUUACAAAGCACGACUUGAAUACUUUUAAGAAAAUAUCUCUGAAGAACUUAAAACAUCACUCGUGGCGUUGCGGAUGGAUUUGAUGAAAAAGUUUAGACAACGGAGCAGCUUAAAAACUUAGUUAAGUGCAAAGUAAGCCGUCCGGGAAAGAAUAUUUCAGUGAGGGAGUAGUGAUCGCAAGUGCGUUUCUUUAAUGGAAAUCAGCAGUGAUUCAAUACUGUUCGUAUGCAUGCACGACAAGUUUUUGUUGCAAUACAGGCGAAAAUGACUAUACGGCCAUUUUAGUCCUGACCUUUAUGUCAUUAUUACAUAGAUUAGGACGCCGACAAACAGAUUUCUUAAGAUCCUUUUGAAAUUGGCAUAUUACUUUUUCUUAUUCAUUUGGAAUUGGAACUGCAAAUACGUUCAUACGUUCCCUCGAGAACCAUACCCGAUUUCAGACCAAAAUGGGCCAAGUCUAUACCUGUCUUCAGACCAAAACGGUGAAAAAAAAAAAACCCUUUUGGGCGGCACAUACCUGUAUAGCUUAUAUAAGGGAGUAUUCCCCUAACCCCCCCCCCCCGGAAUGGACCCGUCAGCUUAAGUUUGUUGAAAUAACUUAUUUAGUCUAUAAAGUAUACGAAAUACCUAUCUCUUAAAUAUGUUAGGAAUAUGCCCCUUGUUAGGCUGGAAAUUUGUGGAGAUACAUUUUCUAGGCAGUGAACUGAACAUUUAGGCAAAGAGUCAAAAUCCGAAACACUCAGACCGGUAUUGGCUUUUACAUUGGCUCAUGUAACCUAAAAGUUCUUGAUCAUACUAAGAUAACGUCAACUAACCUGCAAUGGAAAGCCAAAAUACCAUAUUUCCUCGAAUAACAGCCGUCCCUCGAUUAAUCGCCUCCCUCGAAUAAUCGCCCCCCUUUGACGGAAAUAUUCAAAAUAAUCGCCUCUCUCGAAUAAUCGCCCCCUACCCCUCUCCUCUCGCUAUCUUCUCGUCCUUUUAUCUCCUCCCUGUCAAGAUGAAGUGCAAUGUGAUCCAGUAUAACUGAUCAGGGACGAUUCAAGCUAUGAAAAUUAAUGAAGUAACUAAAUUUGGAACACAUUUGAAAUAAUCGCCUUCCUCGAUUAAUCGCCUUCCCUCGAAUAAUCGCUCCCUUUUUGACCGAAAAAGAAAUGAUCGCCCCGACCAUUAUUCGAGGAAAUACGGUAAGCUGACUGAAGUUUUAACCCUUUAAACCCUAACACGAAAAUUCAAAUUCUCAUUCGUUGUCACUAUACACUUCCUAUAGAAGCAGUGGAAAGUAAAGUAUUAGUAUAAUUCGUCCCGUAUGAUCAAUCCCUUUAUUCUCAGUACAACUCUGACCUCGUUUACAUGGGUCCGGACAAACUUUUGAAUGGACGAAUUCUUUUACCUGUGCAACCCGUUUACACGGAGCCAUGCAAAUUCUGUUACAGAUUGCAGUACUGUUUGCCGUUUAAAGACUUGCACGGUUCCGCGGGUCCCAUCUAAACGAAAGGCGGAUCUGUGCAAGCUUUUGUCGGCUCAAAAAAAAUUUCUUCGGACCCGUGUAAACGGAGUCUCAGGCUACAUGUACUCUCAUGCGCAAUGGAUGAAUUUUCAACCGGCUGAAAAAUUUGACUGGCCACCUUGUUCACACGGAACCGUUCGAUAUAUAUUUUUUACAAUAACUAAGCGAAUCCUCGCGCGCUGAUUGGUCGAUAGCUAUGGUCUUUGAGGGAAAUGACGUAACAUGUCACGCGUGAUUUUCCGAGAAACUUCGCAGGAUCGAAACUAAAAAUAAAUGCUAUUGUAAAAAACAAAUCGACCACAAUUUUCUAUGGUCUACGCUCUUAUAGACCAUAGAAAUGACGCCAUAAAAUGUUCAAAACUUUGCAGUGAAGUUAUGACGUCAUUUCUAUGGUCUAUAAGAGUGUAAUCCAUGGAAAAUUGUGGUCGAUUUGUUAAAAGUGCUGUUCACUCGGAACUGUGAACGGCUAAACGUGUUAAAUUUUCGCACGAUCAAGGUGUGUCCGUGUGAACCAAGCAAUUUCAGCCGGUCGAAAUUCGUUCCGCGCCGUGUGACCGUAACCGCAGUCUGUUUUAUGAAGGAUAGCUAUCAAGGAAAAAUUUAAUGUUGAUCACUUUUGGAGCUUUUAAGGGUUAAUCGCGAUGGCUUCUUGUGAGCCAAAAAAGUCUCUAUUUCUUUUUGCCUUCGAUCGUCGUGAAUUAUUUCUGAUCAAUAUUUUUAGCACGAACUUCUACUUUUAAAAUCACUCGCCCGUAGAUGCCCAUAAAUAGUUCUGUAGAAAUUAAUGUAUAAACUAAAUGCCACGUAUCUCUUUGAUUUUGUAUGGAGACAAAUAAAGUGACAGGCGUGUAGGAGGCCCUUCGGAAGUUUUAAAGGAAUAUCGGUGUUUUAGAAAAUCGGAGCUUGUUAGUUUCCAAGAUUGGAAUUUGUUUUCGAAACUUAUCGUUUGUUUUUGAGCCGGAGUAGGUGUUGAUGUUUGAAAAUCGGCGUUUAUUUUCGAAAACUGGUCAGGAGUUUGUGUGAGUCGAAAAUUGGAAUUUGUUUUUAGCUUUGGCGAGAGGUAGUGCCGCUGUUUUUUUUUUUUUUGCCACUUUUUAAGAUGCUUUGAUUUGAUGAGCAGAAGGUACUCGAAAGAAGGAGCAAAACCUUAUAUUUAGUAAUCCCAGCGAGGUUUGAAUAAGAGUAGCACUAAUUUGCACAAGAGAGACUCUGAAGGAUUCUGGUCGUGAUAGUAAAAUGUCGUCGUCGUGCAAAUGACCUUUAAGCAGCCUUAUUUUUAUACACAAUAAGCAGCAACAGUUUGUGAAUCCUCUUGUAACGCAACACUCCUUUCAACUCAGCCUUCGCGUCACAUCCGCACACAAAAAUUUGUUUUUCGUUAAGAAUCAAGGCAUUUUGUCAAGAGCGUGCCAUUUUACACGACUCCAACGCCGCCUCCAUGUUAAUAGGGAGUUUUAGCAACAACGAUGGCGACGACAACGAGGCCGUCAAAAAAGCAACAAUUGGCAAAACAAAAACUCUGCAGGUGCAUCACGCUUUUUUGUAGAUUUGUUUGCCGACUACGACGUGAAAAUGCUUAAUUUCAAAUUGUCAGCUAUGGAGAAGGUAAACAAGCAACGACGGAUUUUUGUUUCUCUUUCUAAACUUGAGUGCGGUCCCCGAGUAAUUAACUCUGGGAAAUUCGCCUACAUUGACAUUUUCAGCGAACUGGAAUAAACGCGACAAAGUUUUAAAAAACACAAACUCAUUCUAAAACUUGACGUUUUUGCUGCCGCGUCGCCAGUCGCCAUCAUCUUUGCUAAAGCUCCCUAAUCGGGGCAAGACGACAAACAGACUCUGGCGCCAAAGUGGAAACAAACGGCCCCUAUUAUCAAUCACCGAUAUUUGAAACCCGUAAACCUCGACAGUUACUCGAAAAACUAAAAAAAAGACAAAAGAAAAAACAGUCUGUGGUCGUGAUUCGAAAAGCACAUGCACAUGCACAUUGCGCAGAUUAUUAUAAUAUAUAAUCUAUAUAGUAUUGAAACUGAGCUACUUGAAAUUGUCAUCAUGUCCAACGUGACAGUGAAAACCUGUCUCUCUUUUUUUCAAUCAGUUUUGAUUAUUAUUUACCAGGCUCUUGAAGAACGUUCACGCUGCUAACUUCUGGAGGAUCCAAAACACUCUUUAAUGAAAAGUCAAACGCUCAGGCAAUUAUGUGUGGACGCUUGAUCUUUGUAAGAGCUAUUUUCGUUUGACCUUGAAAUGAUUCCGCUCGAACAAAACAAAAACAACCAACGAACAUAAAUAUAAGAAAAUGAUUCUUUUAUCGAACAGACAGAAACGCGCACCUUUUGGUUGGUUUAGCAUUUCCCGCUGAAAGAAGAAUUCUCUAAAAAGUAAUUUUCCACAACUAGGGGCGACAGAAACCAUCUUGGGAAUUUCUUUCCUUUCUUACGGUCUCCGUCCCCGAUUUUGGCCAUUUUUCAAGGUUUCGGGAAAAUCGCUUUGUUGCUAUUGAAGCGACAAGUUCGAUUUUAUACGAAUAUUUUUAGCACUAAUAAGAAAGGUUUUAUGUAAACCGAAAAUCCAGUGAGGUAAAUUUGUGCGUUCACAGUUCCUUUUCGAAACUGUUUUGACACGUAUGUCAAGUGUCUCUUAUUUGUUUUGCUCCGAGCUUUAGUUUUCUGCGAACUCGGCUGCCACUUUCGAACUCUAUUCCGGGGAUUUUUCCCGCAAACCCACUCCUGCUUUUAGUCGCAGGUUAGAACUCCAGUUUUGACAGAUUAACUUUUUUGUUCUCUUUUCUCAGAAAAGGGUAGAAAAUAAAGCUAUGCAAACAGGCUAAAAAGAUAACUAAUGGGGAAAAAUGCCCCAGUCUAGGCAGUUUGCAAUAGAAAAUACUGCGUCCUGCCACUCACAGGUGCUGCACGAAAAAAGAGAACAUAUAUAUUAUAUUCUAAGCUACAGUUAUACUGUAAGCGAUGGCUCACCGAGAUCGUAACCUGCGCCGGGCUGUGGUUAUUCUUUCUGGUGAAAACGUCUGCAAUUGUAUAGUACGAAAAAAUUGAAAGUGCAACAAGGGGCUUUUUAUUUGAUUUUUUUUAUUUAGAUAACCAAUUUAUUUGAUAACAUAUUUGAACUAAAUCAAGCCAAGGGGUGGAAAAAACAAAAACUAAACUACACUUUUGCCUCGGUGGCCUGCCAUCUCAGGUGUCAGAGUUUUUUUUCGUUUUCCCAUUCUACGAAUUAAAGCCUUAAGCGACCAGGGAUUUUCCCCAUCGGUUUUCUUUUCUGUGGAAGAUGUCUUUGAGUAAAAGGAAACAAUUUAUGAAAUUGUGUAGCCGCGAAAUUUUGAUUAGCUCCUUAUGAUGAAACUGAAAAUUAAUCAAAACCUGUUCAAUAAUUUUUUGAGUAAAAGUGUUCUGAGUAUCACGUAGCAACAUUCGCCGGGCAGAUUUGUUUCUCUUUUAUUUUCACUCGGGUAUUCAACAAUUUUCCAGGAAUUACGAGCGGAACAACAUGUAUUUAGGCCGAUGUAAACUUAGCCGACCAGGCUCACCCCGUACAGUGGGGGGAAAAAGGCUUUCACCCUUUCCCCAAACAAAUAUCCUGUUCACAGGUUACGAGGGAAAAAAAAAUCAGCGAGGGAAGCGAGCCGAGCGGUAGUAGCGUUUUUGCCCCCAUCCCCCCUCCCCUCACUACGGAGCCUGGUCCCAGGCCAAUGUAAACUGCAGACGUGUGGUGGUGUGCCGGUUUUUUUGGGGAGCUUUCGGAGCUGGGAGGGAGGGGGAGGAGGGUAGGGACCGGCGAGGCCACGGCAGUGUGGGUUUAUCAAAAAAGUUGCUCAGCUAAAUUGAGCGUCGUAAAAAAAACUGUCUACGAAAAGUCAAUUACAGGAUUGGAAAGCUGAAGCUAAAGUUGACGCUUCUUGUAUCUUAUUUUUUAAAACAAGCAAAUCUGCAAAUCCAGGGGAAGCCAAAAGUCGAGAUUCAAAAUCUGUGGGCUAGAUAUAAUCAAGGGGACAACAGUUUCUUGCUUGAAACCAGAACUUUUUCCGGCACGCAGUUCUGCCACGUUGCCUUGAAGUGAGUUAAAGGAAAUAUAAAGUGGAUGAAAAUACGGAAACAUUUACGGUUACAGCAUCAUUCUUGUCGUGACUUGAAAGUAACUAAUUUUUUGUCAUAUUUUUGUUGUUUACAUCAGUCUGUAGAAGCUGCAUUGUGCAAAACCUUCAAGAUAGCGAUGAGAACAUCUGUCCACAAUGCUCUACAGUUAUCCAUGAAACAAAUCCUUUCGAUAUGUUAAGGUGUGUAUCAUCAGUUUAUUGUCUUCGCCAGUUACUUCUUAACGAAACCUCUCGAGCUGUUUGGCUUUAGACUACAAGCAGUCCCCCUUUUUUCUUUGUUCCUCGACUGGAACGCGCGGGACACACAAAUGACCACGCCCACAGCGUCGCCGGUCAACGCGUGCGCGCGUGCACUCCGCUCUCUAAAUCUGAAGAAAAAGAGAGACUGUUUGCAGUCUAUUUGGCUUUAACCUCUCUAAAUUGAUAAAAGUCUUAGCCUGUCCUCCUUCUAAAAAUAAAGUUACUUUUUUACAUAUUCGCAUAGUUUGUCGCAAUUAAAUUGCUCUGUAUACGCUAAUCUCACUUGAACAGGAAAAUUUUGAAGUCUACCUAUCUGAUAUGCGCCCCAGCCCCCCCCCUUCCCCAAAUUGCCACGAUUUCAUUUGUUUCAUGUUUCAAAAUGUAAACAAAAUUCUUUGAAAAUAAGUGAAUAAAUGAUUUUCCGCAGAUUGCGAAAACUUAAUUUGCGCCACUUCUUUUGAUAGUAAGUUUCCAAAUGUUUCUCUGUAUUUUUAUCAUUUUCUAAGAACAUAUGGGAAGCGCAAUUGAGUAUGCGUACAGAAACUGCUCUUUAUGUCUUAAUUUCUCUACUAAACCUUCCCUUUCUUACCCUGAGUGCCGGCAGAGUGUGGUUUCCGGUUUUCCGGUCAGUGCCUGCGGCCGACCACGAGUCAUCUCUGCCGCACUCAUUUGCCGCACUCUAGAAACCUCUGGUACUCAGGGUAUCCCUUUCUUUUCAGACUGCACAAACUUUAAUGUUCGGGAUAAGAUAUUGGGUUCCCCACACAGUGAUAUUGAUAUUCUUCAGUUUUCCAGUGAUACAUUUUAAUGAAUGAAAUGAAUUAGCAAGAACCGGCUUCCCUCAUCCGCUAUCUUAUUAGCCUCCCACGCAGGCGUUUUUAGGGGAGCUCGUUUUUCAUCCCUCCCCACAAACGGGAUGAAAAUGAGCUCCCCUAAAAACGCCUACGUGGGAGGCUACUAUCUUAUGACCCGCCCCGUCAGAAAGGGCUGGAAAAAAGAUAGGCCCGCCUUUGUCAGGGAGAUUACGAUAAGUGUUAGUUAUUGUUGUUAAUGUUAUAAAUUACUUUUCUCCACCUUUAACUUAAAACACGUUUGGAAUUGAAUUCCAAACCAGCUUUUAUGCAAAAAGACCUCUCUCUUAGCCUCCUUCGGAAGAGGCUUGAAGCAACGGUCAGAAAUGGCAUAUCCCAUUGGGGUUUUUCCCCAGGUCGUGACGUGAAUGAGCCAAAGAAGAAGUGUUCCUUUCUAAAUGAAUAGCACCGUGCAAAAGUACUGCUGAAGAGGUUUCAUUUGAAUGGUCACACCUUUGGAUUUCUUCCACAGACUCAAAAGUUAGAAGUACACAUCAGAUAAAUAGGUCAAAUAGUACGACUGAUGUGAACGUACUGCUGAUGAGGUUUUAGAAUCGUCACACUUAGGAUUUCAUCCAAAGACUCGAGGGUUAGAUCGGCAAACCAAAUUAAUAGUACCAUGUGAAAAACCGCUGAAUAGCUUUCGUUUAAUGGUCACAUCUCAGGAUUUCAUCCACCGACUCAAAAAUUAGAACUGGUUGUCUUAUCGCCAUGAUAUGCAAGGUGGGAAAGAAAAGGGUUAUACGAGCGCCAUUUUUUUGUUCAACCCAUUCCACCUGCCCGCAUUGAAUUGGACGGAAUUAGACUGUGGAGAGGUGCCCCCGGGGUAUUGAUCCACACUGGAAACAAAAAGCUGCAUAAAAAUAUUGAUGACUUUGUAUUGUCAUGCAAAUCAGCCGAAAAAAUAGACGUGAAUAAUGUGUAUUUUUAUCAAUUGUUUUCUGAAAUUUACACCGGAAUACAUUCCCGUAGAAUUACGGACUUCAUGAUGGAAGCGGAAACUGGUUACAAAUAACAGGUGCGCUGUUGUUGCUAGCUUUGCAUUUUUGAAAAGCAUCUUGUAAUUGGUCUAAAAAUACGUUUGCUGACCCAUUUAGGAGAAAAGAUUAAGUUAAGUAACUGCGAAUUGAGGUAAUGCAAGCGAUUAUUCCUGUUGUUCCUAAUUAGGGUAUCGCCCUAGAGACAACCAAACUUAGAAAUAUGCAACAUGUCUCUAAAAAUAACUUUGGGUGUCAAUGGGUGAGGCAUAAUCAUUUUCGGUCACAGAAAUCCGUAAAAUGAAACAAAAAGCCCGGAGAAAAUGACCGAGGGUCAACUCCAGUGUCUACAUUACAUGUUUGUCUCCAAAAUUGGACUCAGAUGAGCAGGGAUUAUUAUAAUGGAUGAAGUGGAAUCAUUGUUAGACAUAUAAAAUCAAGGCAAAUUAAUGAGACAAAAAUUCACUCUUUUAGCGAAUUAACCCUACCAUAACAUACCAUAAUACUCCUUGUUGGUCACUCCAAAAGUUUGCAUAAACAUUGUUUUCAGUUUCUCUUGGGGCCAUUUUAACUCCCAAGAGAAACUAAAGACAAUGCUUAUGCAAAAUGUUGGGGUGACUAAUUAAGAGUAUUAUGUAAUAUGUUAAUGUGUUUUCUGGAUUGGUCAAUAAAUUGUGUUCAUUGGCCCGAAUAAAACCUCUUUAGCAGACUUCCUUGAGUGGUACCAUUUGUUUUUCGAAGUAUUUUUCCGAAUAAAAUUUGCGAUUUUUUUUCCAUUUAUUUUUGAAUUCUUAACUUUGAGUGCAUGAAAGGAUUUUAAGCUGAUACCAUUUCAAGUGGAUGAAAAUUGAAGGGCAUAAUUUCAAACUGAGGAAACUAUUUCUGCGGCAAAGGGAUUGCACUGCAAAACGUCAGCUUUUCAAUCCUUUUAAGGUGGUAAUGUGAAAAAAAUUUUGUGUUAAGUAUGAGUUAAACCAUGGGUCGUGGGAUACAUUUCCUGUAAUUGGUGAAACACCAAAAAAAUCAACGGCCGAAACGUCUCAUCAGAUAAAAUCAUAAAAACGCUUACCGCGUAACAGCCUCCGAACACGAUGUAUUUCCGGUUAUCGCUUAUUUCCUUCUUCAAAACGAUAUCCGGAAUUACGUCUGAUUUCUCAGGCUAAAAAGUGAAAAAGUGCAUUCUAUUACUGAAUGAUACCAAAAAAACAUGCUAUUAAAAGUUGCUGUUCAGAUUACGGAAAGCCGUAGAGCCUGACGUCUGUUUUACAGAAGAAAAGAUGUUGUGCUCAGUUUUGGAAAAGUGUUUUUUUUCCGCAUUGGGUUGGUCGAGCGUUUGGAAACAAAAACUUAAUUACCAAAAGUUUUCGAACCCGUUCUGGAGAAACGGGCUCGGAACUUUUUUCAGUUGUUGGUCUCGAAACAGCUGCAUAUGAGAGGCCAAUGAGUCUUUUGUGAUCUGCAGAAAAAGCAGGAAUUUGCCGUUAUAGCGUCGUCAAGAAAAAAAAAAAAAAUAUAUUUAUGAGCUAUACUAGUUUUCAAUAUGUCAUUCUUUAUUAGAAUUUGUAUAAUAACCGCACUUUAAGGAAAGCACUACUCAAAGGACUCGAAUGAUGCUUAUGUGCUUUCUUUCCCUGGUUCUUUGCUUAAAACGUUUAUCUUCGAUGACAGUUAUAUACCUGUCGCGUGGCAAGCAUCCGUUUGCCUCACUUUUUUGCCCCCUCCCUGCAGGCAAACAAUCCCCUUAUUAUGAUCUGUGUAUAGUUCACGGAUAAUUUUAACCCAGUGCAGUUUUGCAAUUUUUUUCUACCUCUUUUUAAAUCCAGAUCAGACCAAAUACUGGAGGAUAUUAUUUUCAAGUUAGUGCCAGGAUUACAAGAAAGUAAGACCUUU